AGGUACCUUGAACCCAUGUUGAUGGGUUCCAUGGAACCAAGAACUGGGUUCAAACGAACCCAGAUCGCUAGAUCUGGGUUCAGCCGAACCCAGAUUGCUUGGUUCCGUGGAACCCAGAAUUGGGUUCAAACGAACCCAGUAGCCGGAGGAGGAAGAAAGAGAAAGCAAGAAGGGGAAAAAGGUUCGGAGGGUCAUAGUUGGAGGAGGAAGAAAGAGAACGCAAGAGGGGUAGAAGGUACUUCCUUCCUCCGCUCGGCUUCUCACGGGACCAUGAACACUAUGCCAGAUAAUCAAGAACCGAUUCUGAACAAAAAGGAGGAAAAUUUAACAAUCCAAUCACCACUUCUGAAACUCAAGCGCUGGAAAUGGUGGCUAUUGGUAGUAAUCAAUAUCUUUUUCCUUCUUGCUGGCCAGGCUGCUGCAGUUCUUCUAGGUAGAUUUUACUAUGAUCAAGGUGGAAAUAGUAAAUGGAUGGCCACACUCGUUCAGACUGCUGGCUUCCCAAUUCUUUUCAUCCCACUUUUUCUUCUUCCUUCCAAAAAGGAAGACUCAGCUCUUCCUACCUCACCUUCCGUUAUAACUCUUGGUUUGGUCUACUUUUUUCUUGGAGCAGUUAUUGCUGGUGACAACAUGUUGUACUCUGUAGGGCUCCUGUACCUCUCAGCCUCUACAUAUUCCCUAAUUUGUGCCACCCAGUUAGCUGCUAAUGCAGUUUUCUCUUACUUUAUCAAUUCUCAGAAGUUCACUGCCCUAAUCCUCAACUCUGUGAUCAUCCUCUCAUUAUCUGCUGCUCUGAUUGCGGUAAAUGAUGAUUCAGAAACGCCAUCUGGUGUUGCUAAGGGGAAAUACAUCAUUGGCUUUCUGUGCACCCUUGGAGCUUCUAUACUUUACUCUCUUUUGCUUUCUCUCAUGCAGCUUUCCUUCCAGAAGAUCUUGAAAAAGGAAACAUUUUCUGUGGUUUUGGAAAUGCAAAUUUACACAGCAUUAGUUGCCACCAUUAUGAAUGGUGUGAAGAUAAUUGCUAUGCUUCUGGCCUUCUGGGGUUUUGCUUCUUACAUUUACCAGAAUUAUCUUGAUGAUAUCAAGAUGAGGAAAUCACAAGCCAACGUCAACGAAACCCGUCAUGAUCUUCCGUGCUGAUCAUCUUCAUACUGAUAUAUCCAGUAACAGUGCACAGAAGAUAUAACAUCAAAUUUUCUGCAAUAAUUGUUGCAAUUCUUUAUUGACACACCUAGUUUAUCUGAGGAUUCUUAGUUCGAUAAAGCAUGUCUAUGUAU